CCUGAAGGAAGAAAACGGAGACUUAAUGAGACAGCUGAGGGAGCAGCAACAUGCCACCCAGCUGCUGCAGCUACAGCAAGAGCUGGCUACAAACACAUCUGUACCAGGAUCAGACUCAGAGAGGACUUCAGAACAAGAGGCCCUUUACAAAGAGAUCCAGGAAACCCACGACAGGAUAAAGAGGCUGGAGAAUGAAAAAGCUGAGAUGAAGUCCGAGAUCAGGAAGCUGAAGCUGGAUGGCGCUUCUGUCCUGCGGAUUGAACUGGACGCCUGUAAGCAGGAGCUGGAGCUGGAAAAGAGCCGCAGUCAGGCUCUGAAUGGCAAAGUGCAGCUGCUGCAGUCCAGGCGCUGGGACAAUGCUACUCCACCACGUGAGCAGAUCAAGUUCCCAGCAGCCUCCAAUACCACAACAACAUCUGACUUAGAGAUGGAUUGUCCUGUGUCCUCUCCAAGAAGUUCUCAGAUUUCCAGUCCUCAAGGAGAGCCGUUGGCCAUGGAGAGCCCCCAGGGCUUGAUGGCCUCAGGGGGCCUGUCUGAGGUGGAGAGCCUGAAGCAGGAGCUCCAGAGGGAGACUGCAUCCCGGCAGGAAAAGGAGGAGCUGAUCUGGACUCUGAGAGAGGAAUUAGAAGAACUGAAACUAAAGCAGCCAGGAGACAUCAAGGCCUCCCUGGAGGAAGUAGACACAGAGUUAGUGCUGGUCCGAGAAGAGCUGCAGAAGGUUUGGGACAUGCUGAAAACACGUGAUACGGCACUGGAAGAACGACACCUGGAGUUAGAAUCAGCCAGGAACCAGUACACUGAAUGCAGCUCAGAGAAGCUGAGACUGGAACAACUCGUCGCCUCUCUGGAGCACCAGCUGGCGGAGAGAGAACAGGCCUUGAGGCACCUUCAACAAGCAAGUGAGAUGGAAAAAACCAAGCUGGAGAUUCAAGCCUCUUCGUUAGAGCUGAAGCUGCCAGAAGUGGAGGUCCUGAGAGACGACGCCCACCGACGCAACCAGGCAUUGGGCCUCCCAGAGGUACAAAACUGGGGCCCCAGGCAGAGCCGUGCCAGCCGCUCCGAGGGGAAGUGCUCCCAGUGUGAUGCUUUUCUGGCCCAGCUGAACAAGAUGAUUCAAAGCUGUACAGAGAAAGGGGCUGUGCUGCAGGAGGACCAGACCUUGACCUACCUGUGUGAACUGCAGGGGCUCCUCAAGGGGCUGAGUCAGUGCACAGCCGGCCAAGUCACAAGGAGCCCCCAGGAAAAGAGCCAAACCUUGGAACAGCAGCAUCAGCUGGUGACCGAGCAGCUCAAGGGCUUGUUCAGACAGAGGCAGCAGCUGCAGUCAGGGCACAGGAAGCUGUCAAGAGACCAGAAGGACGAGUGCUCAGUGGAGCAAUGGGUGAAGAACUCUCAAGUGAAUGCAAGAGGAGCCAUCAAGCCCCACGGGAAACCUCCACAGGAGCUAAGAGAAAAGCAGCAGCCUGUGCCAGGAGAUCUGGGCUUCUCCACCAGCACCGAAGAAGCGCAGAGCCUCAGGCUGCAACUGCAAGAGAAAACGGAAAUGAUUUCCGCCAUGGCCUCUGAGAUCCAGGGACUGCAGCAAAAGAACGAACACCUGAUGAAAGCGAAACUGCGGUUUCAGCAGCAAAUCCAAGACAUCCGCAGCCUCCAGCAGCAGCGACAGGAAAGGAGCGACUCAGACCUGCUGGUUCCUAGGCUCUCCAGCCGGCAGGAGCUGGAGUUGGGGCUGAGCCAACGGAGCGAUGGCUCUGCACCUCCGACUGGCGGUGAUCCCCAUGCUUCUCUGUACCUAGCCAAGCAGGUGGUGCUGCCCGAGGCAGGAGACGAGCUGUGUUGCUUCAGUUCUGAAAGCAGUGGCAGCCAGUCCCACAGGUCCCAGGCAGGGUCAGAACUGCCAGCGCUGCUGCUGAGCAAGCUCCCUGCUGAUCCUGUGACUGGGAAGCUGCCUCCCCCGUCCACACUGCCCCUCCCAGCCUCCACCUCAGCAUCUGGCAAAUCCUCCCCCGAGGCCCGCUCGGCCCCAGUGAGCCCCCGGAGCCAGCCUGGCAGCCAGGAGUCCUCGUACACUCCCAAGGGGGCAGUGCUGCUCUCGCCGAGACCCUUCCGGGCACAACGACUGGGCUCGCCCUUUAAAUUCAGAGUGAGCCCAGAGCCCCCAGGGGAGAGCUGUGGCAGCUGAAGCACCCUGUCCGUUGAGAUCAGACUAGAUGAUCACAACGGCCCCCUUCUGGCCUUGGAAUCUAUGAAUCCUGCAUGGCUGGGUACACGUGGCUUUGAAUGAUCUGCUCUGUGCCCUCUCCUUGUCCCCCGAGUUGUUCGCCGUAGAGUCUGGCUGGUAAAUGAAUGAACAUAGCAUGUUCUCUUGGAACUGGCUGUUUCCCCCUGGCAGCGGCGAAAGGUGGUCUCAUGAACCCUUGGGUUGGAAUUCAGAUUGGGGGCAUUACAGGGGAGGGGCUGUUCUUGCACUAGCCGGGCAACUAAGUCCAACAGUCCCUAGUUCCCCGCGCACCUGGGCCUCCUGGAGUAGGGAGCCACCAGUGUGGUCUGUAAGCAGCAAAUGGUUCGAUGUAUGCUACAGGUUCUUUCCUUGCCCGAGCAUCUGAGCACCUGCCGCUCAUGCGUUAAGGGAUUUGACUCACUUUUGCCAUGCGUAGUUCUUGCUUUCGCUCGUCUUCUCCCCAGGGGGAGAACUGUGUGCAGUGGAGUGUUGGGAAACAUACCCCCUGCUCUGUGUUUAUAUGGGGAAGGGACGGUCAGAGGGGUGCACCUGGCACCUAGACCAUGAGGUGGGGAGGGUUGUGAUGGUCCUUGGGUUCAUCCCACAGUCUGAGGCUGGCCCCCAAGACAGCUCUGCCUCCUGCAUAGCCGAGCUUUACCCUGAAGUUAGGAAGUGCCUUGGUGCCAGAGGAGCAGAGCCCAACCAGGCCCCAGCCCAGAGCUUUAGGUGAUCUUCUACAUAGGCUGGGCCUCUUCUGUUCCCCCUGAGACAGAGAGCUUGCUUCUCCUUUCCUGGAAGCUCAACCUCCUGAGGGAGAGGAGGCCGUAGAUAGAGUACCCCAAGCUACACCAGCUGCAUUGCUCAGCUGCUGCACUGAGGAACAGGCAGCAGAGCAGGCCCACGCAGCUCACUGCCUCCAGUUCCCUUGUCCCUAGCAGCCCUGCCUUCAGAGUCAUGAGGCAAUGACCACUGGAUGGGCCCACCUUUUGCAUUGUAAGCAAGAUCUCCCUUACUGCUCACUGCUGUGCUGCCACAGCCCUUCCAAAGAGCUGGAAGAGUUGGUGGAGGGGGCAGGUGCCCCACUGGCAGUGCUUGGGUUUCCCAGGGAAGUGGGUUUCAGUGGUGGGCAGCUGAGGAUUGUCAGCAUAGUCACAGAUGGAUUUGAUUUUUGUGAAGGCCUGAUGCCCUCUGGAGCAGGCCUUGAUCCUCUUCCCCAGCUCUCUGUGCUGCCCUGUGCUUGCUGUGAAAACCCCUUGGCAGCGGGCACUGAUCGCUAUCCCCGCAGCUGAUUUCUGGGGUGGGAGCAAAUCCCCACCCUCACUAUCCUGCUUCCUGUGUGGAUAAUGUGUCUGUCUUCCAUAAAGGACUGAAAUGUG